UUAGAUAUCCUGUUUAGGAUGGGGCUGUAUUGUCGCACCUUUGUUCUGAUAAGGGUCCCUGCCCCCAUCGACAAAGUGCGAACGACUGGGAGGGCCGCGACAAUAUAAGGGACCAGAGAAGCGUCCCGGGACAGACACAGUCAGACUUGUGCUACCGUGCCGCUGUUAUUUGCACUCAACGUUUCACUCAUGGAUUUCCUCCGCGCUUGUGUCCUGUGCACCGCUAUCCUCGGAAUCACCAAGGCUUUUACGCAUCAGGAUAUGAAGGACGCGCUGCUGAAGAAACUGGGCAUGGAGGAGAUUCCUAAAAUCCAUAAGAGGGAUUUGGAGAACUUGGUUAUUCCGGCGCAUAUUAAAAACAAGUACAUGUCCAUGCUGAAGAUGCACCACAGCAGGAGGCGCAGAUCUCUGCCCAGCCUGGCGGGCAUCCUGAGGGGGAUCCCCGGCAAUCUAGAUAUUUCUGGGGAGUAUUUGUACUCUGACACCACUCGGUAUCGCAUGGUGUUCGACAUGGAGGCGAGGAUCCCCGAUAACAGCGAGGUGACCAUGGCGGAGCUGAAGCUCUACCAGCGGGCCAACUUCCACAAGCGCUUCACGGUGGAGAGGAAGAACCACCGGGCCGUGAGCAACGCCCGGGUCAGCAUCUACUGGGUGGAGGUGCUGUCCAACGGAUCCAACCGGACGUCGCUGGUAGAUUCAAGACUGAUCCCCAUUCACGAGUCGGGCUGGAAGAGCUUUGAUGUGACCCAGGCGGUGCACUAUUGGUCCAAGACACAGCAGAAGACACCUAUGCACCUGGAGGUGUGGAUCGAGGGCGAGAGACCUGGCAGCUACGCGGCAGAGAUGGCCAAGAGUGUCCACUUUACCACCCAGGAGCAGACGGACAACACCUUGGGGAAGCCCGAGCUCAUCCUCUACACACUCAACCUCGAAGAAUACGGUUCUCGCGGCGACUGCGACGUCAGCCAGAGCAAAGACACCUGCUGCAGAGAGCAGCACUUUGUCAACUUCCGCGCGCUCACCUGGACACAGUACUGGAUCAUCGAGCCAGCGGGCUACCAGGCCUUCAGCUGCACCGGGGGCUGCAAGCAGCCUAAGCGCAACUACGGCUACGGCGAGCGGAGGUGCACGGUGUCCGAGAGCGCCCCCCUGCCCAUCAUGUACCUGGUGAAGAAAGGGGACUACACUGAGAUAGAAGUUGCAGAGUUUCCAAAUAUGAUCGUGGAAAGGUGUGCGUGCACAAUGGACAACGUGUCCAUAGUAUGAAGUCAUGGAAAACAGCUAUAGUGAUCUUGUGUCCACUGAAGGAUUAUGGGA